AUGGCAAGCGCACCAAAUAUUUACUCGGCAGAACCUGCGCUUCCGGUCCUUGCCGAUUCCCUACUCCGACGGUCAGAGUCAACAGAGAAUGCAGCUCCUCCUACAAAUGAGACAACUGCAAAAAAUGACUGGAAUCUAAAAGAUUAUUGGAAACAGGGUAUCCAGUCCUCCAAAGAAGCGGUUUUCCGGUGUGGGGUUGUCCUUGGCUUCUCAAGGAUGCGAAUGAGAAGCAAUGAAAGCUACGAGUAUAUCGGACAGAUUCCUCGAUAUAUUCUCACAAACCAACUGCGGAGUGUCCAUCCAUCAUCCGAACCGAGCGCAUUCAUUAUCCACCCACGAAGUUUCGAGGCUUUUGCCCCAAGGACUCUACUCAAUGAGCUGCAGUCUCCUUCCCAUGAUCAACCAGGUCUAUCAAGGGAUGAUGCAAUCCGUAGACUUGACUGUGUGCAGUUACUUCCCGUACACAACUUCACCAAUGCCGCACAGGCCAUCGGUAAGGUCUCGGAAGUGCUGGACGAGAUCCAAGAAAAGCGUGAGCAACAGAGAAAAACGACCGAGGCAAGCCCCUCCACUGAAAAUCCCAUUAUUCUCAUCGUUGCGGGCCUUGAUACCCUAACGGAAGGAGUAAUUCGAGCCUCCAACCCGGCUCGAGGUGCAGCCGUUCUGACAGCUACACUCCGCACCUUGACGCAUUUGUCCCGUGUGCACGCCUCUCAUCUCUCGAUAAUUCUUGUCAAUACUAACGGACUCGGGACCAUGAAUCCAGAGUGGGAUAAAAAACAACCCCAUGGGGAUAGUGCUACGAGGCAGCCCCUAGAAGAUGGCAUCCACUCCAUCUUCCAUUCGGAUAUCCCCUCCCUAUUCCCAACCUUGCUCAUGAAGACAUUAGACCAAGGCAUCGAUACCCAUCUGUUGCUUUCUGAUUUGAGAGGAGCUCAGAUAGUCGAAGUGAUCAAAGAUCGAGUUGGUACAAGUCUAGGCAAAUGGGGAAUAUGGAACGAGCAAUGA